AUGCAGUCGUCUCUCCCUCGGCGGCCUCGGGUGGUCGAAGGAUCGUGCUGGAGUUGUAAGACCAAACGAGUGAAGUGCGAUCUGGCCAAGCCGACGUGUAGACGGUGUGACGAGGCCCGCCAGGACUGUGACUAUGGCGCCGCUCCGCCGUACCGUUGGGUGGGCGGCAUGGCGCGUCGAGGUCGGCAUGCUCCCCAGUCCCGCUCCUCCGAGUGCUCAGGCUCCUCCACUCCGCACUCUACCGCCAGCUCGACGGACGACGCGCCGGCGUGCCCAUCACCGCCGAGACGUGGCUGCAGUAUCAGCAGUACCGGCACCGGCACCAGCAGCAGUACCAGCAGCAGUACCAGCAGCAGCAGCAGCAGCAGCAGCAGUACCACCACCAGCACCAGCCCCAGCCCUAGGACCAGCGCCAGCGCCAUGGCUCUGGCCUCACCCAUUGACGACCAGAUGCUGGUGCCCUACUUCAUCAACAUUGUCCUACCACGAUACUGCCUCGGGGACUUUGUCCUGUCAUUGGACCUUCACGCGCUGCUGGCAGUGGACGCCGUCCAAGGAGCAGUCAUGGCCAUCGCUCGAGCACACUUUGAUAUGCAAGGCAAGCAUGGAUCGGCACUGGCACGGAGCAGAUCACGUCAAAUGGCCAUUCAAACCUUUCGCAGACAGCUGGCAUCCAAUAUGAGUGAGGACGCUGCUCCGGACUUGUUGGCGACAAAUGUCCUGUUUUGCAUGUUGGAUGGCAUGAUUGAACCCACACAGGAAGCAAACGCAUCCACCGUCCAUCUGAAAGGCGGAUAUGCCAUCUUGGACCAAUGGAAGUGUAUCGUUCCUCGCAUGAUUUGUGAAGGCGGGAUCCAGUCGCAUCUGCUCUCCGUGUUUGCCACCUUGGACAUUGUGCACGCCGUAUUGAGCGGAUGCAAAUCAUAUUUCGAGCCUACAAUAUUCCGUAUGAUGGCCAAUACGGAGACGUGGUGGGGCUGUCUGGAGCCCGACAAUAGCUUUCUGAUGACCUGGGAAAACUUGUGCCUGUUGGCAGCGCGCAGCAACAUGGUAUAUUCCAUUGUCAAGACGUACGGCCUCCAAGAGACUCGAAAGCGCAUGGCUUUCUUCGGCGACACUCUCAGUCCUCCGCUGGGAGCACGCUUUGACUAUCGCCAAGGACUAGUGGAGAAUGGCGGCGGCGGCGGCGGCGGCGGCGGUGCGAAUGGUGCACACCGGAAAGACGAUUGGACUGCCUUUUGCGAAUUGUUCGACAUCUCCGCUCGCAUCUUCUACGAACGAGCAAUACGACUUCGAGAGGUCAACGACCCUACCGUACAACAAUACACGCAGCAUGCCGUUUCCAUGCUGACCUCACACUGCUUUUCCGGCAUGCUGCAGCACUGUCUCGUGCUACCCAUGACGAUUAUCGGGGCGCAUUGUAUUGAGACGAGUCACCAAUUGGCCAUCUCCAGUGCACUAUCACCGACAGUCUCCUACCUAUCCUUUGGAGGCAUGGUGGUAUUGGAGCAAUUUCUAUGGGCGACGUGGACAAAGGGAAAUUUCGAGGCAACCUGGUGGGAAAUGUUUGAGAAUAUUGCAGAGAAGAUUUUUGUGUUUUGA